AUGCAAGCGUUCACGUCAACAGAAUCAAUAAACUAUCUUUAUCAGACUCCAGUGCAAAACUUACACAUUUUGAGCAAUGGCAUAGUAGUGGCUCAAAAUUCCGCUAAGAAAUGGAUCGGAGUUGACAUAUUUGGUGGCAAUUCACCACAAUGGAGAUUAAAUCUGGAUGUGACCAAAGAUCAUGAACUUUUGUUCACCAAUGACAAGAUACUUGGAUGGAAGCCGAAUGAGGCGGGUAUUGUCGAAGUUGAUGCAAAUGGAAGAGUCAAUUUUAUUGAUACAAGUGUCAGCAUUGCCCAACUAUUUGAGUGCAAUUACGGUGGCGUUUUUGUCUUGACUACCGAACGUGAAUUGAUGUACAUUGACCAUCAAGGAUUGCCUCAUCACAUCCAUUCAAAUGUUGCAAGUUUUGUUGCUGAUUGUUACAAUGGUAAUAUUCAUGUCAUUACUGAUAGCACAUUGUUGAUAAAGUUGUCCAUCAAGGGUGAAAAGUUAUUUGAAAAGGAAGUGUCAUUGGGAUCAAUUAAAAGAUUCAAAUCUGGUAUAGUUAUUACACAAAACGAUCAAAUUUUCAAACUCGACCACCGUUCCAAGUCUUUUAAACGGAUCGAUAAUGACGAGUUUGGUAAUUUGGGUAUUAUUGAUUCGAGAUAUUUGUAUUCGAAAUCUGCGCAAGAAGUUAAAUUGAUCAAUAUCGAAAAAAGGGCAAAAGAAGUCUACAAAAUUAAAACCACGUCGCUAGUUGAAGAAUUUUCAACUGCAUUGCAACAUUUGCUAAUUACCAGUGACGAAACGUUACGUCAAGUUUACGAUUUGACUGAUUUCUUGCAUACUCAUGAGCCCAACAGCAUCAAGAAAUUUCAAUUCAGAAUGGAUAAAAACUAUCCAUACCACUUGAUAGCAACUACACCCAAUCUGCAGUUGGGAUACGUUGGGCUCGAUGAGAAUCUCCAUGGCGAGGUGUUUAGUUUAUUUGAUGGAGCAAAACUCAAAUCCAUCAAACCAUCCAAGCCACAAUUUUCUGCCGAGAAAGGAAUCUACAUUAUGAUUGAUGCGCCAGAGUCCGACAAGAUCAUAUCUGAAGUGUACAAUCUAGCCAAGGAGUCAAACAAUGGAUUGGUUUUCACCAAUUGGUUACAUCGUGUUAUCAGACACUUGAGUGAAUUGGGUAGAUACCUUGUUGAUUACAAACAUUGGUUUGAGUCUGAAGAUCUUUCGAUGGACGUUUUCAACAAGUUGAUUGUAUUUUAUGAUUCAAGUCAGCACAAGGUUAUUGCUUUGAACUCAUACGAUGGUGAGGUUGCUUGGGAAUCGGCCCCAUUGGGAGGUGCAAGCGACCUUCUCGCUUUGAAGCAGCUUGAUGCUAAAGAAGGGCAAGGUGAAAUUGUUGUUGUCUUUCCUACUGAAAUCUAUAGACUUUCAUCUUACAAUGGAGAAAUUCUUGAGGUAACUACAAACGAAAACGACUAUGUCAAUGUUAUCCCAAUCGAUGGUGAUACAAACUAUGCGUUGGAAGAUAGUCAAAAGUUCACCUUAUCCAGCACAAACUCCCACAAAACACCAUUAUACUUUGCCAAGACUGUCAAUAACAAUGAGAUUAACGGACACGUUAUCCCACCCGGAUCAUCAAGCUCAACUCAAACAUGGUCUUUCAACUUCAAUGGGCCAAUUGUGAGCCAAGCGCGUAUCAACAACCUCGACUCGCAAAUAUCAGCCAUUGGAAUCCCCAAGUCGGAUAAGUCUGUCUUGUACAAGUACCUUAAUCGCAACUUGAUUGCCGUAUUGACGUUGGAAGAUGAAUUAAAGUUACAUUUACUUGACGGAAUCUCAGGCGAGUUAUUGUAUCAACAAACACACAAUAAACUGGAAAUUGUUGACCCCGAAUCCGUCAAUUUGGUCAUUGAUGAUAAUUGGAUCGUGUAUACCUUCUUCACAAAACAACCGCGGUUAGAACAACGCAUCAAUGUGGUUGAUUUAUUCACUGGUCGUACCAAACCUACAAAAGGUGAUGCUGGGGCCAAGGCCAGAAUUGGUCAAAUUUUUAGCGAGUCCUUCAUCUAUCCCGAACGUAUCCUUGAUUUAUCAUCAACACAAUCAAGAUAUGGCAUAACUUUGAAAUCAAUCAUUGCGUGUACCGAGUCUGGGAAUCUUGUUGAAUUGCCUAAAUUCAUAUUGAACUCAAGACGGCCUCGGCAUGAAAUGAAGCCGGUGGAAUAUCAAGAUGAUUUCCGAUUGACGCCAUAUGAACCCGUUGUGGCGAAAAACAAUUUCCAAACCAUAAACCACAAGUAUCAGCUAUGGGUAAGUGAGAAGCAUGAGGAUGUAACAAGCAGUGGCCACGGCGUGUCAACUCAUCCUUCUUCUUCUUCUUCUUCUUCGAUAUUGAUUAAACCUACUGAUUUUGAAAGUACGGUUGUUGUAUGCUUUGUUAAUGAUCAAGUGCGGUAUUGUUCAUUGUUGCAACCCAGUUUAUCAUUCGAUUUGUUAAAUCCUAAAUUUGAAAAGUUGAAAUUGGUGGCUACUAUUGUCAUUUUGUUUGUGGUUUACAUUGUUAGCAAACCUUACGUUGCCAAUAAGAGGUUGAAAUCGCAAUGGUUGGAUGUGAAAAAGUGA